AUGGCUGGGAACGUUGUCACGUGUGAGAUGGUGGAAGAGUUGCUGCUCUCAGGAGCUGAUAUCAUUAAGGUAGGAAUCGGUCCCGGAUCAGUCUGCACAACCCGGAAGAAGGCAGGAGUCGGUUAUCCACAACUGAGCGCGGUUCUGGAAUGUGCAGACGCUGCCCAUGGCCUUGGUGGACAUGUGAUGAGCGACGGUGGAUGCACAAAUCCUGGCGAUGUGGCAAAAGCAUUCGGAGCAGGAGCCGAUUUCGUUAUGAUUGGCGGAUUACUUGCUGGUCAUGAUCAAAGCGGUGGUGAGAUCAUCGAGCAAAACGGACGGAGGUUCAAACUAUUCUACGGUAUGAGCUCGGACACAGCAAUGAAUAAGCAUCAUGGAAGCGUCGCUGAUUACAGAGCCAGUGAAGGGAAAACAAUCACCAUUCCUUACAGAGGAGACGUCAACAACACCGUUCUCGACAUCCUCGGUGGAAUCCGCUCUGCCUGUACCUACACCGGAUCUGCUAAAUUAAAAGAGCUCCCUAAGCGAACCACCUUCAUCCGAGUCACACAGCAAACAAACGACAUGUAUGUGCCUUUUGAAGUUAACCCUCGGAUCUGA